CUUUCUUCGCUUUCCUUGCGCUCUGGCUCUUCCUUGACCUUAGACUUGGAGCCUGGUACUCAGUUCGGAGCUUGUUUUGCAGUACAUUUGGCAAGGAAUUUAUUGAUUGAAUUGAGUUGUGAGGCACAUAGAUGAGCAUGGGUGAGAUUGUGGAGGAGGAUGAGUUGAAUCCCCUUGUUGGCUCUGACGAUGGGCACGAGUUCGAGACUAUUAGUAAGGUCGAGAUCGUCCUCAAAACCAUUGGCCCUGCUCGCCCAUCUCGUCUUCUUGUUCCCUCUUCCUCAAAGGUUCGUGACUUGAGAGGAUUAAUUGCCAGCAAUGGUGGUUUACCUAUUGAUAACUUGAGUCUUAUUCUGCGUGGAAAUGUAUUAUAUGAUAUGAAAAAUGGAGAUGACGUGUACAUUCAACUUAAUGAUGGUGAUUCUCUAAUUGUUGCUGUCAAACCAAAGCCACCAGUUCGUGAUGGAUAUGAUGAUGAUGACGACGAUGACCUGAAGUUUAAGCUUCCCCAUUCAUCAAGUCAGUGGAAGAAGAGGCUGUACUCUUUUCUACAUGAUAACUUGAAGCUUCCAGAUAUCCUUUUGAUGUUUAUAUUCUCUCUGAGCUUGAAAGCAUGGGUUCUCACACUUAUGUGGUUUAUCCUCGCACCCAUUGCCCAUAAAUGGGAUCUUGGACCUUUAUAUAUACUUGCUACAGGUUUUUCUCUAAUUCUCUUUAAUCUUGGAAAGCGCCAAGCUGGUGAUGUAAGUGCAUAUUCUAUAUUCAAUGAAGAUUUUAGAGAGCUUCCAGGGACCCUUAAUGCAGAUCGGCUUGACAGAGAUAUAAGAGCAGGACAGCUUUGAACAACCAAACACCCAAAAAAAAAAAAAAUAUGUACAUAUCUGCGCGAAGGAUCGAGAUUUUGAUUAGCCAAGUUGGUAAACGCCCAUAAUUCUUUUUUUAUUUUUUGUAUUUUAGCUGUGUCCUGAAAAUACUGUAUGUGUUAGUUUGAUAUAUCAAAAUUAUUUAUGAGGUGCACAUGUGUGGAUGACCAUGUUUUUGGUCACA